GCGGCAGAGGCGGCCAUGGGCGCGCGCGUCCGGGCGCUGCUGCUGGCGCAGCUGUUGGUGCGAGCGGGGCUCCGGGGACAGGGCGUUCAGGAUCUGGACCAGCUGUUUCCAGGUAAGGCGCCCGGGACGCGCGCCUCCCCGCGCAGGGCACCUGAGCCGGAGCGCAAGGGGCGCCUCAUCUUGUCCUCUCCCCGCCCGGGUUUCGAGAACUCGUCGUUGCUCACGUGGCCCUGCGGCCGCCGAACCGUUUCGACGACGCGCGUGGUGGGCGGCAAGGACUCGGAGCUGGGGCGCUGGCCGUGGCGGGGCAGUCUGCGCUUGUGGGGCGCCCACCACUGCGGCGCCAGCCUGCUCCACCGCCGCUGGGUGCUGUCGGCCGCGCACUGCUUUGAAAAACACAAAGAUCCCUCGAAGUGGACGGCUCAGUUUGGUGAACUGUCCUCCAGGCCAACUUCCUGGAAACUGUGGACCUUCUACCAUCGGUACAGGGUGAAGGAUAUCGUUGUGUAUCCCCAGUUGAGUGGGACUUCACUCAAGGACAUCGCCCUGCUGAAGCUGUCCUCCUCCGUCACCUACAAUUAGUACAUCCAGCCCAUCUGUGUUGCGGCCUCUUCCUCUGCGUUCCAGAACAAGGCUGACUGCUGGGUGACGGGCUGGGGGCACAUCGAAGAAGGUCAAGUUCUGCCGCCUCCUCACCGUCUCCAGGAAGCACAGGUGUCCAUCAUAAACAACUCCAGGUGCGACUUCCUGUUCCGACGUCCCGGUGUCCUCAGUUAUGACCCGGAUGACAUGAUCUGUGCUGGCUCUGAGAAUGGCCAACGUGACGCCUGCAAAGGUGACUCCGGUGGCCCCUUGGCCUGUGAAAAGAGAGGUGUGUGGAUUCAGGUUGGCAUCGUGAGCUGGGGAUCGGGCUGCGGUAGCCCCAACUGGCCCGGGGUCUACACCAACGUCAGUGCGUAUUUCGACUCGAUCCAGACGCUGAUGGCCCGCGGCGCCCCCAGGCCAGUCCCCUCUCGGCUGCUCCUGCCCCUCGCUGUGCUCUGGGCCGGGCUCCCGCAGCCGGCCUGAGCCCAACGGAGUCCUGAGAGCUGGGGCCAUCUGCUGAGCCAGGCCCCGUCCCCCACCUUGUCCCUUUUCUAAUAAACUCCUUAGCGUGUUGGAA